GAGCAAACAACAGUUUUGGUAAUCAGCUGUGAUAGGAAAUCAAACAGACUAUUUAUCAGCUGACGUGAAAUGACUGGCCAUAUCAAGGACUUUCUUCAAUUCUGAUCAGCUGCAUGUUUGUUGACGUUGCGGAAUGCGGAAUGUCAAAUCACUUUGAAGGUUCAAGUUUGGUUUAAAUUUAGUAUCCAUUGAUUGAUUAGGAGGAUUGUAAUCAUGAUUAACACAGGGAAAUUAGCAGGUCGUACGAUCUUCAUAACAGGAGCGAGUCGAGGCAUUGGCAAAGCGAUUGCCGUUAAAGCUGCCAAGGAUGGAGCAAAUGUAAUUAUUGCAGCCAAGACUGCUGAUCCACAUCCCAAACUUCCAGGAACUAUUUAUUCAGCAGCCAAAGAAGUUGAGGCAGCAGGUGGCAAAGCACUGCCAUGUGUGGUGGACGUGAGAGAGGAGAGCCAGAUCAAGGCAGCCGUGGAUCAGGCGGUGAGCAAAUUCGGAGGCAUUGACAUUGUGGUCAACAACGCUAGCGCGAUCAAUUUGACAGGCACCUUGGAGACUGACAUGAAACGCUACGACCUCAUGCAUCACAUCAACACGCGUGGAACGUUUCUUGUGUCGAAAGUGUGCCUGCCUUACCUGAAGAAGAGUUCGGGAGCGCACAUUCUAAACCUGAGUCCGCCUCUGAACAUGGCGCCCCACUGGUUCAAGGACCACCUGGCGUACACCAUGGCCAAAUACGGCAUGUCCAUGUGUGUGCUCGGUAUGGCCGAGGAGUUUCGCAGUGACAAGAUAGCUGUCAAUGCGCUCUGGCCCAAAACUGCGAUCCACACAGCAGCCAUAGAAAUGCUGACAGGCCCCGAAUCAGGCCGACACUCGCGCAAACCGGAAAUAGUGGCCGAUGCGGCGUACGCCAUUUUGUGCAAGGAUCCCACCACCGCUACCGGCAACUUCUUCAUAGACGAGGAUGUGCUCAGGCAGGAGGGCCUCACACAGGCGCAGAUCGAUGCCUAUGCUUGUGAUCCCUCGAACAACGCGAACCUGAUGCCCGACUUCUUCCUGGACCUGGGUCCGGACAAGAUCGUGUCCGGGUGGAACGUGCAGGUGCCGGUCGGCAGCACGACCGCAGCGACCAAGUCGGUGCAGGAUGCGUCCAGUGCGGGUGCGGGAGGUGCAGCCGCAGCUCCCUCUGUCGAGGCCAUAUUCAAGGCCAUCGAGGACAACCUCUCCACUGAACUCGUCUCAAAAACGCAGGCUGUCUUUGUCUUCCAUGUCACUGGUUCUGAACAGGGUAUGUGGUACAUUGACCUGAAAGGUGGCAAGGGGUCCGCUGGCAAAGGAGAGCCUUCCAAUGCGGCCGAUGCUACCCUCACAAUGGACUCCAAUGACUUCUACAAAAUGUUUUCCGGUAAACUGAAGCCAGCCGCUGCUUUCAUGACUGGAAAAUUGAAAAUCAGUGGAAACUUGCAGAAAGCCAUGAAAUUGGAAAAACUUAUGUCAGCCCUGAAGGCUAAAUUAUGAUUUCUUAAAUAAACACAAUAUGCAUAAAAGAAUACUUCUAUGAAUUAGGAAAACAAUGAGAGUUGAGAUCAGUAUUCAUAUAGGAGUAACUUGUCAGUAAGUUUCAUAAGAGAAUAUUUCAUUGAGCUUACUCGGAUAUUGUUGAACAUCACUUGUUGAUUAAGUUGAUAAUUUUGUAAGGUUGUAGGCUAGAAUGGUAAACAAUUUGUUUUGUCUUUAUAAUUUUCAAUUGAAACUCGCAGAAAACACCAAUAAUAAUCUCCCUAAAUUUUUCACCCUGAAUAAACUACAUUCUCUAAAAACAACCUCUCUCCAAAUUUACUUUUGUAGUUCAAUGAUAUCACAACUGGAUAUUCUUUUUGCAAGAAUAAUAUUAAGAAGACUUAUUGGUAAUGAAGUUAUCACCCUAUUGUAUCUAGUCUUAUCAACAUUUUAUCAAUGACAAAUUUAGAAUUUUUUAUUUUUCAUACCUUUGUGAAUCUCUGAAAUACGCUCAAAAUACCAUUUUAUAGGUUUCUAUCAGGCAACAAAAUACUGAGAAAUAGUGACUGCUAUUAAUUUUGAAUGUUGAGUUGAUAAAUAAUUAUACCGCUUGCCCCUUCAUGACCCAGUUGCACAAAAGCCUGUUAAAUUUUAAUCAUGAUUAAAUAGCUUAGGCAACCGAGCCUAAUUGAAAAAAUAAAGUAACUAAUUUAUUGAGAUCAUACUAUUCUAAAGUGUAACUGCCAAAAUGUUAUAAGUUAUUUCAAAUCUAAAUCAACUGAAAAUAGUUGAGAGAAUUUGAUUAGAGUAGAUUCUACAGAACUGUGCUAGAUCUUAUGUACAAAAUAAAUUUUAUAGAAAAAAUCAUGUAUUUUUAUAUAUAUUUAAUAAAGUUUUACAAGUAA